AUGAUGUGGUAUCAUCUGUUCAUCUAUUUUCUAUAUUUUAUUGGUUUGGUAUCUGCAUCUGAUACUGGCGAGGAAAAACAUCGUAUAACAGUAUUAUUUACAGAUUUAGAUUCUAAAGUAAGACUUACAGAUUCACCUAAAUCUACAUUAGGGCAUGUUAUUUCUUUAUACUUAGAAGCUAGACCUGAAAAAUCAAGAAGAUUAUCGGAUUACUUAUUUCACUUAGAAUCAAAUGGAAAAUUAUUAUCAGGAAAUACAGAAAUUUCUAAUAUAUCACCUAGUGACUCAGUAAUUGCAACAUUAAAUUCAUAUAUAAAUAAUGAAGACCUUAGAAAUAAUAAAGAUUUUGAAGAAACUUCUGAAAGUUAUGUUGAGAUAGGUGAUGAUGAAGUUUACAUUAAAGUUGCCUUACCAGAUGGCAUAAUUGAAGAUGUGUUAGUUAAUAGAAAUAAUAAUCUUGAUACAGUUGCAAAAGAAAUUGCUACAAAAUUUGGAUACAAAGAAAAAAUGAAACUUACAAAUGGGCAACAAUUUCUUCCAGGUUCAAGUACUUUAUCAGAACUUGGAAUUGAAGCAAAUGAACAUCCUUUGUUUUUAGUAAAACAAAAUCAAUAUAUUUCACAAUCAUCCAAACAACCAAAACUUGAUCUAAGGAGUUCAAAUAAAAAAGUGAGUGAAAUUCCACAUUCAUUAAACAUACAUAAGAAAAGAACAAUACCAGGUGAAUAUAUUUUAAAACCAAUAAAGAUAAAGUUAUUCUUUUUAUCAAAGCGCAUAUAUGUAAUUUAUGAGGCAGUAUUUAGUCAUACAAUAGCAGAUAUUAUAUAUGAUAUUAAUACAGAAAAACAAAUACCAUUAUCCCAUAUUAAAUUAGGGAUUUUUCGUGAAGGUCAAAAUAUACCAGAAAGUAUUGGAUUGAAUUCACCAGAAGCUGAAUUAAGCUUAUAUGAAAUGGGAAUAAAAAAUAAUGAUAUUAUUAUAGUAGCUACACCAGAUACAGAUUUCUCAACAACCCCAUUACCUAUAAGGCAAGGUUCUCAAUUUAGAAUACAUUUGAAUUGCCUAGAUAAACCACAUUCAAGAAAAAGAUUUUCAGUUUCUUUAUGGUCAAAUACUCCUAUUGAUUCAAUCCGUAUUGCUUUAUCUAAAUCAUUAAAGCUACCUUUUACAGAUAUAGAUUUAGAGAUUGAAGAUAUAGAUGCAAAUGGUCAGGCUGUUAUUUGGCGAAGAUUAAGAGGUUAUACAUUAAGUCAAUUAAAUAUAGUUGCUGAGGAUGAGUUAUAUGUGAGAACAGGCCCAUAUAGGCAUGUAACAGUACAACCAUCAUAUUUGAAUCCUUUAACUGGUAGACAUGAAAUUCCUAUGAAUAUUAGAAUAAGGUUUGAUGAUUAUAAUGGGUUUGAUUUAAUUUUAGGUGUAUAUCCAUCAACAACAAUAAAACAACUAAAACGUUUAAUUGCUUGGCGUCGUAACUAUUUACCUAAUUCUAUACAGCUUGAAAUUAUUGGUAUAGAUAGACGCCUACUUCCAACUUCUAUUUUACCAAGUAAUGAUUAUUCUACAUUAAGACAAUUGGGAAUUAUAUCUGGCGUUAUAUUCCGUGUUAGGAUUACUGGUAGUCCUAUUGAAACUCCCCAAAUACCAAUAGAAGAUAUAAAAGAUCAGGAAUACAUAGAUGGAGCUAGUACAUCUGAUCCUACAAAACCAAGUAUUACUCUUUAUAUAGUUGUAGCUAAUCGCCAUAUAGCACCUAUUCAGGUUAUUUGUUUCCCUUCAGCCACUAUAAGAUCUAUUAUUAAAAGUAUAUCUAUUAGAAGAAAUAUACCUUAUGAUAAUAUGAGGCUUUAUACAGAAAGGAUUCUUGAUAAUGGAACAAAAUAUAGAAGAUAUUAUGAAAAACUUCCAGAUAAAACUGUUGAAGAAUUAAGAAUAACAAGAAAUACAGAAUUGUUCGUUGAAAUCAUCGAUUCUUUACAAAGAGAUGAAUUCGGAAAUCUUAUCCGUCCUGGAAUAGUUAAUUUGGUGAUAGAAUGGGAUGAUGGAACAUCAAUUAAUAUUCCAGUACCACUAGCAUCUAAACUUGGGCAAUUCCGUGGAACAUUAGCUGGUCUAAAAGGUAUAUCACCAGAAAUGAUUACAUUAUCAAGGAGAAGAAAAGAAAAUGGGCCCCUUGAAAAUAUGAUAAAUUUGGAAGCUCCAAUUGAUGCUUUCAAGCUUAAAGAUGGAGAUAUCAUUUAUAGUAAAGUAAAAGAAACAGAUAACAAUAAGUUAGAACAAAAUUCUGAAGUGCAAAGAUUCACGGGACUUAGAUUUUCAUAUCCAGAUGGUAGUACUAUUGUAUCAUCUGCAAAAUCUGAUAAAAAGCUUAGUGAAGUAAUCAAAUUUCUAGCUGAUCAACGUGGAUUUUCACAAGAAGUUAUUGCAAUUUAUUUCUCAAGUGGAAGGAAGUUAAGAGGUGAUAAUAAGACAUUAAAGGAGCUUGGUGUUCAAUCUGAUAUGCAGUUUUGGGUUGAAACAGAUAAUUUACACUUAGAAACAUCAAGAGAUCCUAUCCGCUAUGUUAUUAGGAAUACUGAUUCACUAUGGUCAACUUUUGUAUUUAUUUCUCCUGAUGAGUUUGAGACUGCAACCGUAAAAGAUUUAAUCUCAGAAUAUAAAUCAAAGAUGUUAAUACCAAAGGAGGCAACUAUUCAUAUUUUAGGAUAUGAAGAAUUGAAAGAGGAUGAUCUACUAUCUAAGUAUGAAAAUGAUGAAAGAUUUAGACAUUUGUUAGUCGAAGUAAAAAUUCCAUCAGGAUCUAGAAUAGGAGUUGAGGGAUAUAUUACAGGAGAGAUGGCUGAUCCUAAAGAACCUAUUGACAAAUUAAAGAAAGCAAUAAAUUGGCAAGGUUCUGUUGAAUUUGUACCUAAACAAAAUCGUGGAAUAAAUGCAGCAAAAGCAGAAACUACUCAUAUAGGUGUUAUGAUGCCUGCAGCAGCUUUAAUAAGGCCACAGUUAGAUCUUGAUGAAGAUUUAUUGCAGGCAUUUGGAGAAAUUGCUGAUGCAGAGCUUAACAAUAGAAUUCAUGGAAUUCCAGGCAGAAAGAUGAACAUGAAGAAAAAAGAGAACUUAGUUAGUAAGCUGACAUCUACAAGAGUAGCUGCAUAUAUUCUACAUUUGAUCUGUAAUCUAAACAAUCUUGCAAUUGAGAAAUUCAUGUUAUUAGUGCAUAAAAAGCCACCAUAUGAGGCAAGAAAGUGUACAAAACAUCUUACUCUUGGGUUAGAUAAAUAUUAUAGAUUUGCAAGAAGUGUAAUAGGAAAAAAUCCUAUAAAGUAUAAAAAAGCUAUAACAUCUCUGAAUAAGUCAAGGGGAGAAUUCAAGACUGCUUACAAUUAUGUUGUAGUUAAUUCAAGAAAAAUGGCAAGAACCAUUAAUAAAGCAGCUAAAAACAGUGGAAAGCUCCCGGACAGCAAAUACAUAAGCGCCCUAAGAUUGAGCGGUAAGCUCAAAUAUGAUAAUAAAUUGAAAGUUGAUUUAAAUUUGAAGACUCUUUAUAUUACAUUAAGACCUGUAGCAACUCAAGAUGAUAUUGAGGAAGCUAAACAACGUGAGAGAGAUACUUCAAGACGUUUGUGGAUAGGAUCUUAA